UCCCCAGGAUGUUCCAUGGCAGUUAAGGACCUUGCCCAGAUGGAUGGGGUGGGGGCCUUCUAUGGAUCAGGAACUCAGGGGCCUCAUAAAAGGCCCCCUGUUCUUUCUGGGGCCCCAAGUCCUAUGGUGGCAGCUUCGCCUGAUGCAAGCGUUCAGAGGAUGGGCCACUCCCCCACGGCGAGGGAAGGGGAAACUAGGGCAGAGGAGGCAAGAUGGAGGGUUCCAGACAGGGAGAGGGAACUCAGGCAGUCAGGAGAAGGAAGAGAACAUUAUCCGAGAUCUGGGAAGGCAGAGUGGGGUGGGAAUCGGGAUGUGAUGGAGGCGAGCCUGGGAAAAAAAGCCGGUGUGCAGACUGAGGCCCCUUUGACCAGAAGUAAUGUUCAGUUGGCCCAACCAAUCCGCCGGAACUCUCGGCUGCCCUUUCAAUGGAGAAUCACACACAGCUCCCGCUGGAUGGCCCAGGUCUUGGCCUCAGAGCUCAGCCUUGUGGCUUUCCUCUUGCUCCUAGCCAUCAUCUUCUUCAAGAGAUGGCUGAGCCCUUCCGGGAGCCGCUUCCACCAGCGCUGGCCCACAAAUGUCAGCCAUAGAAUCCACACUUCAAUCCACAUCAUGUCCAGGGGGCUUCUGCAGGCCUGCAAGCCCUGGAGCUGUUCCACCUCAGACCAUGAGAAAGAGAGUUCCAAGCUGUGGACGAGUCAGCCGCUCUUUGUGGCGGCCAGAAUCAUCUUCACCAUGGCCGUGGGGGUGGGCUUCCUCCUCACCAUCUGGUUGCACCUGCCCUACCUGCCCCGUCUCCACAAAGUGCCCGCCUUUGGCUUGAUUGGGAUCAUCUUGAGCUUCUGCGAAGUUGCCUUCCUUUUCUUCACCCUGCUGUUGUUCCCCAUCAACCUCUGGCUCUUCGAGUUGGACAAGAAUUUAUCCAUCCCUGUUGGCUGCAGCUAUCUCCUGGGCUGGCUGGUGUUCGUUCUGUACAUCACCUGUGCGGUACUUUGUUACUUCAACCAUAAGAGUUUCUGGAGAGUGAUUCGGAUCCACCCUACUGCCACCAUGUCCUGCGGCAACGAUCCCAACUCCAUAGAGGAAUCCCUGAGUGACUCGAACAUCUCAAACACCAUUAACAACCACAAGAAAUUCCUGAAUUCUCAGUAGAGGAAUACACAUUUGGCAUCAAACUGCAUCCUCUUAGCCUCACUUCCUCUUCCUCCCAUCCAACCUGGGCCUUGUGGAGAUGGGCCCCCCUGGCAUGGGCUUCGGAAGGAGUGAGAAGAGGAGGACUGGGCCAGCUUUGCCCUCCUCUUCCUUGUCCUGUCCUUGCCCACAGCCUGGGUGCUGUGGAAU